AUGCCUACGGUUCUCUUAGUCGAUUGUUCUCUGGGUAUGGCAGAACGUUUUCCAUUUGUCAUAAAACAAGGAGAUAAUAUGGAAACAACGAUGAAUAUUGAAAAACGUAGUUUAGUAGCAAAAAUAAUCGAUUCAUUAAUGGGUACUAUCACUAGUCCUACGAAACUUGAAACAAUGGCCGUUGUAUUAUUUGCUGGUGAAGAUACAAUUAAAAUUGUACAAAAUUUUACAAAGAAUUCUGAUGAUAUCAUAAAAUCUGUUCAAAAAUUGCCAAUAUUUGGUGAUUUUUCAUUGAAACCAGCAAUUGAAUUUGCUAAAAAAUAUUUAACAACAACAUUCGGUGCACAACGUUCACAAAAAAUUGUAGUUUUCACCGAUAGUUCCCAUCGUGUUGAUGAUCCAAUCAUAGAAAAUACUACCAAUAACAAUCAAAUGGAUGUAGAUUUUCGUACAAAAAUAUUCAAUGAUGAACAAGAAAAAACAUCAUCGAAUGGUCAUACUGAUGUUUCAUUUGUAUGUAUACGAAAACCAUUGAGUAGUGAUCGAACAAGAUUAGAAGAUAUAACUGAACAAAGUCAAUGUUCUCUGUCUAAAGUUUAUUGGUUAUUAAAUCGAGACAAAGAAACUAAUCUUACAGUCACUAAUGACAUGAUUCAAGAUCUAACUACACAUAUCAAAGCAGAUCUAAUGGAUAUAUUUAUCUCUGUACUCAAAUGUGGACAUUAUGAAUCUCAACUUGUUGUUUAUCCAACAAUUAAACCUGCUGUAUUACAAACAACAGGCGAAUUACUUCAACCUUCGAAUACAUUAACUGUAAAUGGUUUUAUUGAAUUAUCAUCAAUACGCAGUGCAAUGGCAACAUCAAAACAUAUACUCUUACCAAUUCAACGUUAUACUCGACCACAGCCACCUAUGCCAAUGUACGCUACAAAAAAAUCAGCAGUGACAUCGACUGCAACAACGACACCAUCAGCGACAACAGCAAAUCCUUCUUUAACUAAUCAGAAGAAAUCUAAUACUGCUAAUAAUUUCUAUUAUCUGCUACUUAUAUCGUUGAAAAAAGAAAAAUCAGCAGCAUUAGUUUCAGUAAAUGAUCAAUGGUUUGGUGCUAUACAUUGUCAAAAAUUUGAAAAAAAGAAAAAAUCUAGUCGACUUAUUCUCUCUGUAUUUGAACCAGGUGAUCGAAUUCCAUGGAUUUCUAGUUUUGAACGUCUUGGACCUUAUGCUGUUGUAUUUCCACCUGGAAACAACGGUGAAUUAGUCUAUAAAAAACAACCAUGGCCAGUAAAACCAUUUGCUCGAAGUUAUACAGAAACAUUUUUAAUUUGGUGUCGACAAAAUAAUUUUCAAAAUGAUAUCAAUAAAUUUGUUCGUGCUUCAGCUAAAUUACCCGAUAAAGUCAAUAUAUUUCAACGAGAACUCAAUAAAAUAUGUCGCGGUGCAUUUAUCUAUGGUCUACGUGAUCGAUUGUUUCAUUUAUUACAACAAUUAUUUCAACGUCAAAUCCAAUUGGGUAAAAUCAAGCCAGAUGGUAUAAAACAUGUUCAAAGUAUCAUUAGUUAUAUGAAUCGUCUCGGUUCAUCAGAUCGUUUCAUAAAAUAUGAAGAAAUAUCGAAUUAA